AUGGUCUCUAUACUUCUACUUCUCACAAUUAGCCUUGUUGGGUUAUAUCUCGUUCGAUCUCUCCUCAGCAAAAAACAAUCUCUGGGAACUUUACCUCCAGGUCCUCCCCGAAAACCAAUAAUCGGCAAUCUAACGGACCUGCCAUCCCACGAUGUGCGUGAUUGGGAAUACUGGCUGAAGCACAAAGACCUCUAUGGUCCGAUCAGCUCAUUGAGCAUAUUCGGCGACAAUAUCGUCAUCCUCAAUGACGCCCGCUUCGCACGAGAAAUCCUCGAAAAGCGCUCUUCCGUCUGGUCCUCCAGGCCUAGUUGGAACUUCGGUAAAAUGGCUGGUUGGGGUCAGAUUCUAGGCACCUUGGAAUACUCCGACCCUUCGUUUAAGGACAUGCGGAAAGCCCUGGGCUAUGAGAUUGGGUCGAAGGCGGCUGUGUCUCGAUUCAACGCGGUGCAGGAUCUUGAGGUUCGUCGGUUUCUACGUCGUGUCCUGGAGGAUCCGGACAACCUCCUUCACCAUAUACGCAAAGAAGCCGGUGCUAUCGUUUUAAAAGUCGCAUAUGGCUAUACGAUUGAGCCACAUGGGCAUGACCCCCUCGUCGACCUCGCCGAUGAGGCUAUGGCUACUUUCGGGCUGGCAAUUCUUCCUGGGACGUGGGCGGUGGAUUUUAUUCCCAUCUUGAAACAUAUACCUACAUGGUUUCCGGGGGCUAAGUUUGCACGAAUGGCCAAGCAAUUCCGAAAGAGUGUUGCGGCUUUCAGUGAUGUGCCCUAUGCAUUUGUGAAACGCAAACUGGCUCAGCAAGACUUCGAGCCCUCUUUUCUGGCCGGGUUACUCCAGAAGAAUGAGAACCAGCCUAGACACGGGUCGUAUGAAGAAACGGUGAUAAAGUGGGCAGCUGCGUCCUUCUAUGGAGGGGGAUCUGAUACAACUGUAUCUACUAUGUCGAGCUUCUUCCUUGUGAUGGCGCUCUUCCCUGAGGCGCAACGGAAGGCGCAAGCAGAGAUUGAUCGUGUUGUAGGGCCAGACCGUCUACCUAGCUUCCAAGAUCGCGAGAAUCUCCCUUAUAUUGAUGCCAUGGUCAAAGAAAUCCUGCGGUGGCAUCCGGUUCUCCCAAUGGGUACCGCGCACACUUCCGUUCAGGACGAUAGCUAUGAAGGGUAUACAUUUCCCAAAGGGACUCUGAUGGUCCCGAAUGUCUGGGCUUUUACGCAUGACCCCAAUAUCUACCCAGAUCCUCACGCCUUUAAGCCAGAACGCUUCCUAAGAUAUGAAGGACACGACCCGGAGGCCAAUCCGUACUACUUCGUCUUCGGGUUCGGCCGCCGUGUGUGUCCAGGCCGCACACUAGCCGAUGCGAACCUGUAUAUCUCCAUUGCUCAAUCAGUGGCGGCCUUUACCAUCACUAAGCCGAUUCAAGAUGGCAAGGAGGUUGAUCUACGGGCCGAAUAUCAAGCGGGUGCGAUCAGUCACCCGAUGUCAUACAAGGUUACUAUCACGCCGCGUAGCCCGCGGUAUGAGGAGCUUAUUCGGGCUGUGGAGACGGAACAUCCGUGGGAAAACAGCCAUGCCGGGGAACUUAGGGAUCUGAGUCGGUGA